AUGAACAAACAAGUUUCCUGGAAUUAUUCAGAUCGUAUAUAUGAAAUACUCAAUGAAAAUUUUGAACGAAUUCGUUUACGUCUAGAUGUUAAAACAUUAAAUGAAUAUUAUAAUCCAUCUCAAGCAGAUUCACAAUUAUUUGCACAAAAUCAACGACAAUUUAUGCAAUCAACUGAAAAUCUAACUAUAAAAACAACGAAUGAUAAUCGUACUUUUACUGAUCUUAAUCUUCGUAUGUCAAAACGUAGCCUUCAAACAACAAUGCAAACAUUCAAAAUUGAUUAUACAUUAGUAAAUCGUGUUGAACUUAAUUGGCCACUUUUAUUUACACAUAUUAUUGUACGAUUAAAAUCAAGUAUUAUUUAUCAUUUUAUUACAAUAAGAUUUGAAUUUCAAGAAAAUUCAUCGACAUCAUUAACGGAUGUCGAACGAUUAGCUGUUGGAAGAUUAAUUGAAUUAUUACCUCCAUUUUUUAAUGAAAAACAAUGA